CCGGGUAUGCAGCAGUCGGUGUGGUUUACAGUACAUUGGAACCCUUCGUCCUCGCGAUUAAAUAAAUUUUAACCUUAGGAGUUAGGGCUUGGAUAACACGUCCUGAUCUCAAGAUGCGGACAUUCUUGAUUAACCAAGCUAAAACCCUCGCCGACCAAACCCGUCGUCAACCACACACAAGCCGACGCUUACUCUCUCUUCUCCCAUCUUCGUCAGCAUCAUCUCCUCUUCUCACUCUGUCUCGUUUCUUAUAUUCCACUCUGGAGAUGUCUGCUUCUGAUUCCACUUCAUCUCUUCUUGUCUCCAUCAAUCCAAAGAAGUUGCAACAAGAAUUGAAGUCUGAUACGGAUGCUUACCCCUUCGAUGUGAAUCAUGAUCUUCCUCCAAAGGCAGCUGAAACUGCAAAGACCACUCCAGAUGUUUUCUACUGCAAAAGCCUUCGCAACCCCUCUGGAAUAAUUGUAGUCCCUGGCUCUCGUUUCGGACAGGUUCCAGGAACAUGGCACUUCAGACACACAACACUUCCGCAAGAAAACAAGAUUCCAGCGACGACAGCGAAUCGUCACAGAGAGGUGCACAACAGUUCCGGCGGCACCACAGCCAAGCAACCCGCGGCCAAGAGUGCCAAAAAGGUUUCCUCCAAGAGCUCCAAAAAGAAACCCGGCAAGAGUGCCGGCGGCAAGGGCAACGGCUGCACGUUAUUUCCUAAACGUAGCAAGUUCCCUAAACACCAUCGAGGAAGACUGAGAGGAAUAUCCUCCGGCGACAAUCGUUUAUGCUUCGGAAGAUACGCUCUUCAGACGCUCGCACCGGCUUGGAUCACAUCUAGACAGAUGGAAGCAGCGAGGCGAGCCAUGGUGCGACACGUGCCACGUAGCGCGAAGAUCUGGGUACGUAUGUUUCCGGACAAGGCUGUCACGGGAAGACCGUGCGAGGUACGUAUGGGUGGCGGGAAAGGACCUCAGGAGUAUUGGGUGGCUGUGGUUCAACCGGGUAAGAUUCUUUAUGAGAUGGCUGGUGUACCCGAGAGUGUAGCUAGGAAAGCUAUCACAGUAGGUGCUUCCAAAAUGCCUAUAAAGACUCAGUUCGUUUUUAACGAGAAAACUAUAUAACAUUCUUGGAAGAUGGACAAGAUUAUGUGUUUUAAUUUUGUUUUUGUAAACAAUAAUUUUUUUUUUUUUACUUUCGUUGAAAGAAAAGAGACAAGAAAUGAUAUUGAAUGUAGCACGUACUCAAGCAACAUGAGCUAGUUUAUCAAUUGAAUUGAUAUGUUGCAGUA